AUGGCCGACGAAAAGCUUGGAACCCACAUAGAUAUCGACUCCAACUCCUCGACGGGGAAGGAAGAGGUGCUCAGCCACGAGGAGAUCAGCCAUGUCGACGACGACAACCACCACCAGCCCCGCCACCAUACUGAAGACGAGAUCGAGGCGCUGGGCAAGUGGUACGACAAGAAGCGCUUCGGCCUCCGCUACUCCGACGCCAUGAUCCAGGUGGUGAUGUGUGCGUUUGUCAUCUUCCUCACCCCGGGGAUGUUCAAUGCCCUCUCGGGGAUUGGUGCCUCCAUCUCCGACGUCGCCACCUCCGACAACGCCAUGGUCGCGUUGUACUCGACGUUCGCCACCGUGGGGUUCUUUGGGGGUACCAUCUGCAACACCAUUGGCAUCCGCGCCUCGUUGGUGUUUGGCGGUAUCGGUUACUGUAUCUACUCCGGAUCAUUGCUUUGUUUCUACCACACCCAAAACAAGGGGUUCGUCAUCUUUGCCGGGGCGUUCUUGGGUAUCUGUGCCUCGGUGCUUUGGGCCGCUCAGGGUACCAUCAUUAUGUCGUACCCUACUGAGGGGACUAAAGGUCGUGCCUUGAUGGUGUUUUGGGUCAUUUUCAACUUGGGGGCAGUGAUUGGUUCGAUUAUUCCCUUGGCUGACAAUAUCCACAACCGGGGGUCCACCGCCAACGACGGCACCUACAUCGCCUUCAUCGUACUCAUGUUCUUCGGGUCGGUGGUCGCGUGCUUCAUGUUGCCGAUGUCGAGAGUGUGGAAGGCUGACGGCACCAGAGUGACGGCGCAGAAGCACCCCAACUGGUGGCUUGAACUCAAAGGGUUGUUCUUGCUUUUGAUCAAGGAGCCCAUCGUGGUGUUGAUGUUCCCGAUGUUCUUGUCGUCGAAUUGGUUCUACACUUACCAAUUCAACGACUUCAACGCUGGCCGUUUUGACUUGCCCACGAGAUCGCUCAACUCGUUGUUGUACUGGCUCUCGCAAAUGAUCGGCGCCGUGCUUUUCGGGUUCAUCUUGGACAUGCCAUGGGUCAAGAGAUCGACGCGGGCCAAGAUCGGCUGGGGGGUCGUGUUCGUGUUGGGUAUGGUCAUCUGGGGCGGUGGUUACAAGUUCCAGGACUUCACCCGGGCUGACGUCACCGUUCCCGACGACGCCCCCAAGGGCACCGAGCCGUUGUUGUCUCCCAUUAACUACAAGCAAGGCCGUUACAUUGGCCCCAUGUUCUUGUACAUGUUCUACGGAGGUUUCGACGCCAUCUACCAGACCUUCAUCUUGUGGGUGCUUGGAGCGUUGUCCAACAACCCCAAGAAGACGGCGUUGUACGCCGGGUUCUUCAAAGGUUUGCAAUCGGCGGGGGCCGCCAUCGCCUGGCGGUUGGACGCUUUGCACCACCCGUACAUGACGAUGUUUGCCACCUCGUGGGGGUUGUCGAUCGGGUCGAUGGUGAUUGCCAUCCCCUUGAUCUUCUUCAGAAUUAAGGACACUACCGACUUUGACGAUGAUGGCAUGGCUGACCUCGUCGGUCAGGACGAGCUCGAGCCGAAGUUCUCGACCCAGGUGAGUCACAUCGAUGACUCCAACAAGGUAUAA